AUGGCUCCCGCGCCCCGCUCCCCCCCGGAGCUCUCGCUGAGGGCCGGGCAGCGGCAGGCCGACACCGGCCGGCCGCCGGCCUGCGCGCGCCGUCUCUCGGGGCGGGGCGGGACGCCGGGCCCCUUCCGGGGAUGGGCCCGGGCUCCACCCCGCUCGGGCGGGCGCUCAGCCGUGUCCACGCCCGUCAGCCCGCCCGGCCCGGCUGGCCGCAGACCGAGCCCGGGCGGCCGCACGGGGAACUCUCAGCCAGCGGGCGUCGGGAGGCGGAUCCCGGGCCCCGACCGGGACGGGCCGAGCCGAGCAGGCGGCGGCACCAUGUUCUCGCUCAAGCCGCCCAGACCCACGUUCAGGUCCUACCUCCUGCCGCCGCCCCAGACUGACGAUAAUAUUAAUUCAGAACCGAAGAUUAAAAAACUGGAGCCCGUUCUUUUGCCAGCCCGGGGUUCUCGUGUGGCCAGCAAAGAUGAUAACCCACCCCCAGACUGCCAGCGUGAGCACAGGUUUGCCUCUGGAUGUUUUCGGAUUGGUACUGAGGAAAGAGAUCCUUUUCUGUAGCGCCGUCCAUGGCUGAAGCACCAGCAAACUUGUCCCAAAGAAUGACAUCACGUGUUGAGAGCGGCAGAGGCAGAACACCGAGGGAGAGUUCUGAUGGUCCCAUUUUCCUUGAGGUCCAGCUGACACCAGAGCCACAGAAUUUUUCU